UUGUCUAUCAAUCCAAAUUUUGUUUCGAAAAACUUGUUCAAAAUUUACUAAUUUUUUUCGCGAUUUAGAUAUGAUGCCUGAUAUUCAUGAGCUUAUAGUGACGUGCAUAAUAUUUUUUUACCGGAUGUUCUUGGUUUUUCGAUCUAUUCAUCCCUUUAAAAAGGACGCACUACUGCUUAUAAUGCACAACAUCCUGCUGUACCACGUGAUUAAUCAGUUCAAGCACUUGGCUCAGGAUUCGAUAGACUCAGAUGGACCCGUGAACACCUUCUAUUAUGUGCCAUUGGUUUAUGAGGAAAGCGCUGCCUUAAGAUCCCAUCAGAGUUGGCACGGGGUCCUUAGGACAUCCAGUUGGAAGUUCUUUGAGGUCCUUUUCAGACAUCAUUUGGCCCUGCUGUUGCCGUUUAAUUUGACCCUCAUUGUGCCCCGCUGCAAGUUGGCCUUCAUUAGCACUUUGGUCCUGGUGUCGAACUUCGUGAUGUUCGUCUGUUUCGCCUCGGCCAUUUGUCAGUUGGUAGUGGCUAACGGACACGCCCACUUUGUGCGCCUCCUGACGAUCCUGUGUUUGGGACCCGUGUGCCAAGGCCUCCUGGUGUGCCGUCUCUUAACCCGAAUGUGGCUCAGCUAGUGGAUUGUUGUUUGAGGCAUGAAAUUUGAUUUGCCGGCACUGAUUGCUGGCCAAAAGCCACACACACACCCCCCGCCCUCAACGUAAUCAGCACCACAGAAGUUAGGAGCAGCGUAUCAAAGCAAUAAACCAACUG